AUGGGCAUCUUGGACAAAGUGCCUGGCGAGCUCCAGUUGUAUAUCGGUGGGUUGUUCACAGUACGACGCCGGCAGACGCUUGAGGAGGCCAAUAUUACUCAUGUCCUCUCGGUUCUCCGAGUGGACACGGAAAAAGAGCUAUUUCUCCCUUACAAGCAUUUAGCCAUCCAUGUAGACGAUGUCGAUGAUGAGAAUCUCUUGCAGUAUUUCCCGGCCACCAAUGCUUUCAUCCAAGAAGGGUUGAAUGGCGGUGGUGGUGUGCUUGUUCACUGUGCGAUGGGAAAGUCCCGCUCGGCAACAUGUGUGGUCGCUUUCCUAAUACACAAAUACGGCAUUACACCUCAGCAAGCCAUUGAGCAAAUACGGCAGAGUCGGCCAUUCGUCGAACCCAAUGACGGGUUCAUGCAGCAACUGGAGUUGUAUUACACAAUGAAAGCCCCCGAGUCCGUUGAGGACACUGCUAUUUAUCAGAAAUGGUUAUAUCAAAGAGAAGUGGAACUCAGUCGGUCAUGUGGAAUGCCUCCAGAUACAGACAAGAUACGAUUUGAAGACGAGCAUACCCUAUGGGAUGGUACGAGCGAGGGGUUCGAAAUGAGAUGUCGGAAAUGCAGGAGAACUCUAGCAACGUCACAAUACGUCCUUCCCCAUGAGGCAAAGGUGAAGUUAUCACAGCAUGGUAACGCCAUCUCAAAUGAACCAUCUAGUACCGAAUGUGCACACUACUUCAUAGAUCCUCUCUCCUGGAUGCGCCCCGAGUUGGAACAAGGCAAGCUGGAAGGGCGCGUGGAGUGUCCCAAGUGCGCAACAAAUGUUGGGAAGUACGCGUGGCAGGGCAUGAAGUGUAGCUGUGGCGCCUGGGUGGUUCCUGGCAUCAGUCUGGCGAAAGGACGGAUAGACGAGGUGCUGGUAGGCGCCUCCAAGGCGAGCAAGGCGAUUAGGAGACCGGCGAUGGCAACCGCUGCGGAGGAGGAUGAUGGCCCCUUUACUGGAAAUCUAUGAAUGUUGGGACGGC